CGGAAGCUUUGUCCUUAAAACUCAGGUCGACACGGUGCUCGAUCGCAGGCAGAAUAGAGCGUAUUUUAUGCUGUUCGAUGCUAAGCAGCCGUUGUUUCAAGUCAGCAGACUUUGAGAAUCUUUGGAACUAUUUUGUUGCUCGACACUGGUUGUGUUGAGUAGGCUACUGUCACAGUUAUUAACGCUACGUUUUGUUCAAAUUUGAGAACGAUUGCUGAAGAAAUAAAAAGGCUGAACAAUGUCUAGCACUUGCAGCUGCGCUCAACACGUGAAGAAACUCAAUCAGCAGAUAUCUGUCAUGAGAAAAGAAAUUAAAAAUCUUAGGCAUUUGAUCGACAGCGCUGUACGCUCUCACAGGAAGCACUUAGAUUCCCUCCUGUCAGCUUUGAGCCAUAGCGAACAGCUAGGGGUGCGUCUGUACCCGAAACCUGGCCAAAAAGUGCAAGAUGGAGAAGGUAUUUCCUUGGAAGAAGGGAAUAUUCAGACUGUUCCAAUUGGAUACAUCAGCUCCUGUUUCCCUGGGAAAAAUGGCACCCCACGACAGCCGGGCAUUUGUGGCCAGUCUCGAGCUACCCUGCGGAUAGAGGCUUCCAUCUUUAACAACCCGCACCACGCUCUCAUCGGCCUGGAGCACUACUCACACGUCUGGGUCAUAUUCCUCUUCCAUAAGAACGGACGCCUGAGCUGCAAGGCCAAGGUCAAGCCCCCGAGACUGAACGGCCAGAGGGUGGGCGUGUACUCGACACGCAGCCCCCACCGGCCCAACGCCCUGGGACUCACCCUCGCCAAGCUGGAGUGCAUCACAGGUGAUACUCUUCACCUGUCAGGCAUUGACAUGAUCGCUGGCACGCCUGUAUUGGACAUCAAACCGUACAUCCCUGAGUAUGACUCUCCGUCUGGCAGAACGGAUUUUGGGAACACUGUGUGCCCAGAAACGGAGGGUACCACUGCUGGUUCCCCCACAGGAACAAGGGGUUCCCCUGCUGGUUCCCCUACUGAAACGAGGGGUUCCCCUGCUGGUUCCCCUACUGAAACGAGGGGUUCCCCCUCAGUUUCUCACUCCGGGGGAUGCACGGCGUUGUCGGAGGAAGAGGGGCGGGGCUUCGGUUUUGACGUGAAGGAGGAGUCCGCAUGUGGCCCUGCAGGCCACGCCCCGCUGACAGACACCGUGGCAGCCGCACUGAGGGACGUUCAGCGUUACAUCAGCCAGAGCGACAUGCUCACCGGGGGGGUCGGGGAGGCCGGAGGGGCUGGAGGAGGGGUCGGGCGGUGGAGCCGCUCCAGAGCGGAGUCGUUUGAGGGCCGGCACGAUGAGCGCCACGGCGGGACGGAGGUGUGCUACAGCGAGGCCCCGCCCAGCCAGGUCGCCUCCUGGGUGAGGGCGCCCCCGGUGGCCAGCCUGGCCGUGCGCCUCACGCCCCACGCCGAGACAGAGCUGCGCCAGUUUCAGCCUCCUGGCAAGACAGAACCGGGUCGACCCAGCUUCCGGUUCCUGCGGGGCCCGGAGGAGGCGGAGGCCGCGAUCCGGGACGUACUGCGUGCCGACCCGCGCUCGGUCUACCGCCGCACGCGCUGCCCGGACCGCCUGUUCUACUUCGUCCUGGACUCCGCCCACAUCACCUGCUGGUUUGGCGGCGAUUUCGCCGAGGUUGUUCGGGUUCGCCCAGCCGAACCCGUCCCGGCUGGGCCCGAGGGUUAAAGUGGGCCUGGGAGAGUGCAGCUUCAGGAACCCCGUUGUGGGCCUGGCUACUACAAGCUGUCGAUCACUGAAGAGUUUCAACAAAUCGGAAGGUUCUCUCCACGGAGGACACAAUGAUUGCUUUAAUCUUUUGAAGAGUCAUUUUUUUUCAAAAUUCUAAGUCAGUGUUCUAGAACUCCAGUCACCAGUAGUGAUUGUGACAUCAGGAUUAAAAUAUUCAGUUAAGAACAUUCCAAUCACAUAUGUGAUCUCACACCUUAAAGGGUUAUAUUUGUGAGGCACUGAUAGCAUAUGAUGGCUCUGUCCAUUUUUGGUUUCUGGAAGCUUGACUUUCCCACUCAUAGAUAAUGAAGAUGAAUAGGAAACGCUCACACGUCACUGAAAAUGUAAAUUUAGAAGUACAGUAUGAUUACACCUGUGACGUCUGUACAUAACAUUCUGUCAUUUGGAUGCCAAUGUUUUCUCUCUGCUAUCAAAUAACCGCUUAUAUGAGACUGAGUAAACGGUGAUGAUGCACCCAUAAUUAAAAAUUAAAGAAAAUACUUCCAGAAAAUACAA